AGGCUCGGGGGGAGGGAAUUGGUUGAUUGGUAGCAACGCCCCGGGACAGCCAAGCUAGAAGCUUGAGCAGCUGGAGGUGGUGCUGGCUGCCGCGCGGCGGUGUGUGCUUUAUGGACCAUGUGCUGCUAUGUAUGCCUGAAGUACUUGAAAUGCAAAUUCGGGGAGACUUUGCCAUCUAAAUGCUUGGCUGGAUUAAGCGCCUAAUUAGGAUGGUUUUUCAACAAGUUGGAGUCAGCAUGCAAUCGGUACUUUGGUCUGGGAAGCCAUAUGGUUCAUCUCGAAGUAUCGUAAGGAAAAUUGGAACUAAUUUAUCUCUUAUUCAGUGUCCAAGGGUUCAAUUUCAGCUUACCAGCCAUGCAACAGAAUGGAGUCCCAACCACCCAGAGGAGGAUGCAGUGGCAUCUUUUGCUGACAUCGGAUGGGUAGCCAAAGAAGAAGGAGAGUGUUCAACAAGACUGAGGACAGAGGUCAGGUCAAGGACACCUCUUCAGGAUGACUUUCCUUUGUUUGCGAAGCCCCCGAGAAGGCAGAUUUCCUUACCAGACUUGUCUCAGGAAGAGCCUCCCCUGAAGACUCCAGCGCUGGCGAAUGAGGAAGCAUUGCAGAAGAUCUGUGCUCUUGAAAACGAACUUGCUGCUCUUAGAGCUCAGAUUGCCAAAAUUGUGACCCUGCAAGAACAGCAAAAUCUCAUUGCAGGUGACUUAGAUUCUACCACAUCUGCUAUCACGCCGCCACCCGCUCCACCGCCACCUCCCCCUCCCCCUCCUCUGCCUCCACCAGGGCUCCACCAAAGCCUAUCCGCUAUUGAUCUGAUUAAGGAGCGAAGACACAAAAGAGCCAAUGCUGGGGAGACUUUGGUGAAGAACAAUCCAAAGAAACCUGACAUGCCAAAUAUGCUAGAGAUCCUUAAAGAUAUGAACAGUGUAAAACUUCGGUCAGUAAAGAGGUCAGAGCAAGAUGUAAAGCCCAAGCCGGUGGAUGCUACUGACCCUGCUGCCCUCAUAGCAGAGGCUCUGAAAAAGAAAUUUGCUUAUCGGUAUCGAAAUGAUAACCAAGAUGAAGCUGACAAAGGAGUUCCAAAGUCUGAAUCGGAGGCCACCUCAGAGACACUGUUGUUCGGGCCACACAUGUUGAAGUCUACAGGAAAAAUGAAGACUUUAAUUGAAAAUGUAUCAAACUCCUAAUAGACAAUGAGCUGAGAAAGACUAUCCUGGUUCUGCUGUUGGUUUAUAGAAGGCUGUUUGGCUAGUAGAAAUCAACACUAUUUAGUAAACUCUUGACUGUAGUAUUCAGUGGUCUCCUUUUUAGCCUAAUUAUAGGAUUAAGCAAUAACGAAAGCACUGUAAGUGUGGUUUUGCUUGUAUGAGAUGGUCAGUUCCACAACAUGUGUAUUCUGACAUGUUUUUAAUGUGUAUCCUGCGGGGUUCAGGUUUCCAGUCUUAAACAGUUGUAUUGAUUUCAGAACAUAGAAAGGACAUUUGUGGAUGUUACUGCACAUUUUUAAUUCUUAACACUAAUUUAUCUGUACAAAUGUUUUAUAUACAUAUAUUUGGGUAUAAAACAGUUCAUGUAAAAAUUAGAGAAUAAUGGCAAUGAGGGUACUGUUAUCUUCAUUUGUUUUCCAUGAUCAUUUAGUAUUCAGCGAUGGAACAGCUGGUAUAACGUAAGUUGUUGGAGUGAAAUAUUUGAGAUUGGAAUCUUCAUGCCUUGAACAGAACUCACAUCUUAGAUUCUCUCUCACAUUUUCUUGGAGCUGGGGUUUGAAUAGGAAACAGGUAAUGUUCACUGCUGAAAUUCUGUAAUGCUUCUAUUAAAGGCAAGUUGAGGACCAGGAAAGCUGCUUUCACCUCAUUGCCAUCCAUUGCUGAGGAAGAAAGUAUAGUUUUCAAGUAGUGACGAAUUAAUUAUUGGAUUAAAUCCCUUUUUAAGUAAAACCGAGAAUGUACCAUCUUCUUUCCUUUCAGCUUAAUAAAUGGCAUCAAAAAGAUGACUUGUUGCUAAGUUAA